AUGGCCCUGGUGAGACCUGCUUCUCUGCUCGGCGUCAUUGGCAGCAAGAUGGCUUCAACACGCCGCAUGAGAGUUAGUCGACUAAAGACAUCUAUUCUGUUUACAUUUAUUUUUGCUAGCUCCGCAUCUGCACUCUGGGGACUACCAUACCCUAUUCCUUCAAGCCAACAGCCGCUAGCUCUUGAGCACAAGGCGCACCAAUCAAUAAUGGACAAGAUCCUACCUGGUAUCGUCCAGACACAGAAGACCGCUCCAGAGGAGGACGUGAACUCGAAAGAUAAUGGUAGUCCCAUCAUCUCAGAUGUCCUGCCCAAGACCAAGGGCAUCAAUAUCUUUGCGCGGUUGACCCGUGACUUCGAGCCAAUCGCCUCUCGUCUUAACGAUGCAUCCAAGAAUAUCACAGUCCUCGCGCCACGCAACAGUGCAAUUCAGGCUCUUCCACGGAAACCUUGGGAAAAUCCAGAGGACUACAAGAAGUUUGGUGAGGUAAAUGCAUAUGAGGGUCAGGACGGUCAAGAUCGGGCAAAGCGGAAUCUGCAGCGCUUUGUCGAGGCCCAUCUCAUCCCUGCUAGUCCCUGGAGAAUUGGGGAAGAGGUUGAGACACUAGCAGGAGAGAAGUUGAAAUGGACGAAGGAGGGUGAUAAGAUCUUUAUCCAACCUGGAAAUAUUGAGGUUGAUGCAGUUGCAGAGAAGGUCCAUAACGGGGAAGUCUGGGUUCUGAAUGAGGUUAUUAAUUACCGUCAAGAGUGA